UGCCUCAGUUCCCUCAUGAAUACGUCAAAUUUGGAACUCUACGACAUCCCAGCCUGGAAACUUGUCUUACGGAUUGAAGCAUACACGAAGAAGAUCACAGCCUGUGAGGCGGAUAUGGAGAGAGAUGACUUGACGGCUGAGGAGAGGGAGACUGCUGAAAGAAACUGUGCCGAAUGGUAUCGUGAGCGUGCUCAGUUACAAGAAGUAUGCGACGUCGUGUUGGAGAGGGAGGAUCUGAAAUACUUCGACCCUCCGCCGACUCCGUGGGUGACCAAGUUCUUAGAGCGCUGGUUUCUUUUCGGUUCAAAGGAUAAAACAGUCUAA